GGAUCAGACCAUAGAGUACUUAGCAAUUAGCAUGAAGUUGUUUUUGCUGAAGAGGGUCGAACAAAAGAAAUGCUUCACUGAGCAAAAUAUAGCAUUUCGAUCCCGACACCCCAAAAUCCCUCAGCCCUCUGGCCUCGGCGGCGCUCAAACCUUCGCCGUCCCGCCGUCUCCAAAACCCUCUUACCAUGGCCGCCGCGACAACCGCGGGGGCCGGAGCCGCGACGCCGCAGCCGCCACGGCAGUACAAGCUAGCUCCGCAGAGCGAGCUGCGUGUGGAGGUGCUCCCCGACGCGCCCCUCCGAGUGCGCCUCGUCACUGGCACCGCAGAGAUCUUCGGCACCGAGCUGCCUCCGGAGGGCUGGGUCCCCGUCCCUCCCCGAUCCAAGAUCGCCAUUUUCACCUGGCACGGCGCGACGGUGGAACUGGACGGGGUGAGCGAGAGCGAGUACACGUCUGACGAGACUCCAAUGGUAAUUUAUGUCAACACGCACGCCAUUCUGGAUGCCCGCAGGGCAAGGGCGAGAACAGCCGCAGCUCAGGGGGGCGAUAAGGAGGCAUCACAGGGACCUAGAGUGAUUGUUGUGGGGCCAACAGAUUCUGGAAAAAGUACUCUCUGCAAAAUGCUUCUUAGCUGGGCUGCCAAACUGGGCUGGAAGCCUACGUAUGUCGAUUUAGAUAUUGGCCAGGGAUCUAUAACGAUCCCUGGAUGUAUUUCUGCUACACCAAUUGAGAAACCUAUAGAUAUAAUUGAUGGGAUUCCCUUGGAGAUGCCACUGGUAUACUUCUAUGGUCACCCAAAUCCAAGUAUUAAUGCGGAUGUUUACAAAGUUCUUAUGAAGGAGCUAGCUAAAACAUUGGAGAAACAGUUCUCUGGCAAUGCUGAAUCUAGGGCAGCAGGAAUGGUUAUCAAUACAAUGGGGUGGGUUGAAGGCCUUGGGUAUGAGUUACUUCUCAACGCAAUUGAAACCUUCAAGGCCAAUGUAGUACUGGUACUGGGACAGGAGAAACUCUGGAAGAUGUUGAAAGAUGCAGUUCAAAGCAAGUCCAACAUUGAUGUUGUAAAACUUCAUAAAUCAGAGGGUGUUGUCCUCAGAAAUUCAAAAUAUCGGCAAAGAACGAGAAGCUUCCGAAUCAAGGAAUACUUUUAUGGGAUUGCAAAUGAUCUUGCACCGCACUCAAACAUUGUCAAUUUCAGUGAUGUCUCGGUGUAUAAAAUCGGUGGUGGCCAUCAAGCUCCCCGUUCAGCAUUACCUAUCGGUGCAGAGCCUGUGGCAGAUCCUACUCGACUUGUUGCUGUCAACAUCAGCACGGAUAUGAUCCAUACAGUGCUUGCAAUUUCCUAUGCUAAGGAACCUGAAGAAAUAAUAUCUAGCAAUGUUGCCGGAUUCAUUCAUGUUACUGAUGUUGACAUCCAAAGAAGCUGACGUACAUUGCACCUUGCCCGGGGGACUUGCCAAGCAGGUUGUUGAUCGCGAGUUCACUUACAUGGUAUGAAGCGUGAUCAGUCUAAGUUAGAUGGGCCAUAUGCCCAUACGCAUGUUGUAAAGCCAGGACAUGUGACGUUGGGACUGAGCGUUCGAUGUCUACUGCUAACCAAGAGAAACGAUGCAAGGACAAAUAUCCUGUUCCCUCGUGAUUUACUGUGUUCUCGUUUCUUCUCUUAUUAUA